AUGGACCUAACUCAUCUGAACUGUGCCGUGCAUACUCCAGACCUCUCUGCCCCGCCUUCUCACUCUAUCUCAAGAUGGUCCGAUACGGGAAUUUUAGGCCACCCAGCGUCAAUCAUCAUCCCGGAGACGGAAGAUGAUAUUCGAGCUGUGUUGGAAUAUGCUGGCAAGAACGGGCUAACUGUAUUUCCAGCCGGUGGUGGCCAUGGCUCGUUCAUCCCAAUAACUUCGAAGACAUUAUACCUUGAUAUGAAGAAAUUCGCCCAGGUUCAUGUUGAUAAAGAUUCUGCGACUGCCACCGUUGGAGGUGGUGCAAUCACGAAAAAACUGAUCCAGGAGUGUACCAGUCACGGAUUCUAUACAACCUGGGUUAAUAGCCAGGCAGUUGGGGUUGUUGGAAGUAUACUCGGUGGAGGAAAUCCGACAAUGGCCGGUUUACACGGAAUGAUGAUCGACAAUGUCCUUUCAGCUCGAUUGAUCACCGCUGGAGGGAAAACAUUGGAACUCAGCCCUUCCUCAAAAGGUGACGAACUUGCCUUAUUCCAGGCCCUCUGCGGUGCAGGAAACGGACUUGGCGUUAUAACCUCUUUGACAAUGAGGAUUUACCCAAUUUCUGAUCUUCAAUUGUCCCAUGAUGGAGUCUUCAUCCGCAGACUCAUCUUUCCCGCCCCAAUGAUCGAUCUCGCUGCUACAGCCUUCACCUCCUCCCCAUCUCUGGCCGCCGUGAUGAUAUGCGCUAGAGCUCCCUCGACUGCACCCAAGCCAGGGGCACCAAUGAUCAUUCUCACUGCGACAUACUACGGUCCUGCCAAGGAAGCCGAGCGAGCUACGUCGGUACUAUUUGACGAAGAAGUGGUUUCAAAGGCCAUCAAUGCGCAGACAGAAUUCACACCGGUAGCCCAACUCAAUGACGCCUCUGCUCCCUUCGACGCGCACGGAGGUUUCAAAAAUAUCCAGUCAACUUGGAUGAAGAUAACCAAUCCAGAGGCUAUCAAAAGCGCCUUUGAGAAAUGGCUCGAGUACACUACCAAGCACGAGGACGCGAAACGGACCGCCCUCGUCUUGAGUAGCUUUAAUACCAAGAGACAAAUGGAAAUUGGUGCAAGCCCUGAAGGACAUGCCAGGUACUUUGAUCAUCGUGAUAGAGGCCUGCUGGCUAUAAUCAUCACUUGGUUUGGGAGUGAAGAUACUGCUUCAGCUGCGGCUACUUUUGCCGAGGAGAUAAAGACGGUGUAUAAGGAACAUGACUCGUCAAGUACACCGAGGACUAUUCUCAACAAUAUUGGACCUACAACCCAGCUGAGCGAACUACAUACCGAAGAACGGAUCCGAGAAUUGAAGAGACUGGGUGGUAUUUGGGAUCCCUUGGGGUUAUUUUGGAAGCCGUGGAAUAGGGACUCGGAAUGA